AUGGGCUGCGUCCACGGCCGCCCCUCCGCCGCCCCUACACCCGACCGACCGCCUCCCCAGCCCAAGCCCGACCAGGCUGCUCCGCAAGAGACCGAGAAGGCCGGCCAGCCUGGCCCUGCCCCGGCCGCCGCAGCGCCGGUGGCCGAGAAGCCGUCCCGGAAGGAGAGGCGCUCCCGGUCGUCGCGCUCGGUCGCCGAGGCCCGCCUCGGCGGCAGUUUCGCCAACAGGGCGCGCGGGGAGCAGGUCGCCGCCGGCUGGCCCGCCUGGCUCUCCGCCGUCGCUGGCGAGGCCAUCGACGGCUGGACCCCGCGCCGGGCCGACUCAUUCGAGAAGAUCGACAAGAUCGGGCAGGGCACCUACAGCAACGUGUACAAGGCGCGGGACACCCUGAGCGGCAAGAUCGUGGCGCUCAAGAAGGUGCGCUUCGACAACCUCGAGCCCGAGAGCGUCCGCUUCAUGGCCCGCGAGAUCCUCAUCCUCCGCCGCCUCGACCACCCAAGCGUCAUCAAGAUCGACGGCCUCGUCACAUCCCGCAUGUCCUGCAGCCUCUACCUCGUCUUCGAGUACAUGGAGCACGACCUUGCGGGGCUCGUCGCCAGUCCAGAUAUCAAGUUCACCGAGCCACAGGUUAAGUGCUACAUGAACCAGCUCUUGUCCGGUCUGGAGCACUGCCAUGACCGUGGGGUGCUGCACCGCGAUAUCAAGGGCUCCAACCUGCUUUUGGAUAACAAUGGCAUGUUGAAGAUUGCAGAUUUCGGUCUGGCCUCCUUCUUUGAUCCCAGCCGGAAGCAGCCAAUGACAAGCAGGGUUGUCACACUAUGGUACCGCCCACCAGAGUUGCUUUUGGGCGCCACCGAUUAUGGUGUGGGUGUGGACCUAUGGAGUGCAGGAUGUAUUCUUGCCGAAUUGUUGGCUGGGAGGCCUAUUAUGCCAGGCCGAACAGAGGUGGAACAGCUGCACAAAAUUUUUAAGCUGUGUGGCUCCCCCACAGAAGAAUAUUGGAAAAAGUCGAAGUUGCCUCAUGCAACAAUAUUUAAGCCUCAGCAGCCAUACAAAAGGCGAAUAACAGAUACAUUCAAAGAUUUUCCACAAUCAGCACUGCGGUUGAUUGAAACACUACUUGCAAUUGAUCCGGCUGAUCGUUUAACAGCGUCCUCUGCAUUAAGAAGUGAUUUCUUUACAACUGAACCUUAUGCUUGUGAACCAUCAAGUCUCCCAACAUAUCCCCCAACCAAAGAAAUGGAUGCAAAACGAAGAGAUGAAGAAGCCAGACGUUCAAGAGCUGCUGGUGGUAAGGCUAAUGGUGAUGGAACAAACAAGGCAAGGACACGUGAUCGACCUAGAGGUGUUCCAGCUCCAGAGGCAAAUGCCGAGCUUCAAGUAAAUAUCGAUAAAAGAAGGUUAGUAAGUCAUGCAAAUGCGAAAAGCAAGAGCGAGAAGUUUCCUCCCCCACAUCAGGAUGGUGCGGUUGGUUUCCCUUUGGGCUCUUCAAAUCAAAUGGACCCACUAUAUGAACCCCCAGAUCCAACUUCAUUCAGCACUGUUUUUGCUCACGAGAAAAGCUCUGUGCCUACUUGGUCCGGGCCAUUGGUCAAUUCUUCCGCAGUUGGGAACCAAAAGCGGAAACACAAGUCCCGCUCAUCAAAACAACCGGCGACUGCCCGUGCUCGGUGACAUACCAAGAAGUGGUAUUCUUAGAGAAAACGAGUCUUCAAUAUGGAGAUAUACUCUGCGGCAUUGCCUGCACAAUGCUUGGCAAACAAGGCAUGUGAUGAUAAAUUAAUUUGUCGCUUCCUAAAUUAUUUUGUUGCACCUUUUUUCACGCGGACCAUCACUGUAUAGAGUGGGGAAGGAACUCAAGUAGUUAUCUGUGUACAUUAGGUUCUCCUUUUCUGUUCUUAUAAGCAGGUGCAUUGAUGUUAGAUUCAUUUGAGUGGAAGCUUAGAUCUCUAGCAUUUCAGGACAUUCCCUCCAUUGUAACACCUUUUUUUUUACAAUUGAACUUAUAUAAUCAUUUCUCAAUUCCAGUUGUACUUCUAUUUGCCAAAGAAGUUGUAAUACUGAACUGGUGUUUUCAGAGAAGAGUUGUAUGAGAUACCUGUGAUUUUUCCGUUGUAAUUUACCUAAGAGCACUCCGUUUUGGGAGGAUCUCAUUCGAAAGUUUAUCACUUA